AUGGACUACUCUACCAUCACUAACGAUCCGGAUCAUCCCAGUGAUGGGUCCCCCUGGGGUUCACCGCGCACUGAGCGAGGGACGUUCCCCACCUCCAACAAUGACAUCCCGUCCUCUCCUUUGCCUGGACAAGAGCAGGUCGCGGAUCGAACGGACCAAGGCCUCGGCGCAGAACCGCAAUCCCCAGAUCUCUCUGCGCAACUCCAGAGCGCCCAAUUGGGAGAUCCGGACUACCCCCAGGAACAAUCCCCGUUCGCUGCCCAGCAGUCUUUGAAUGCUCAACAGCAAUUGCCCGGUCCCGUACACCCACACGCCGAACAAAGACAAGCCUCGCGACCUCCUGCGCCCACCUUUAAGAUACAGGGUAAAAUCACCGGUUUGGAAAGGACGGGGAAGAAAGACCCCAUUUUGCGCUUCGAGGUUCACACCAAUAUCCCCAAGUUCCGCACGACCCAAUACCGCGAUGUGCGCCGUACCCACUCCGAGUUCGUCAAGCUAGCGGACCACCUGGUGUCCGCUAAUCCGGAAUCCUUGGUCCCCGCUGUGCCCUCGCCAGUUACACCAGCGGGAGCUGGUACAGAGGAAGAUGAGAUUCGGAUCAAAUCGGCAAUGCAGCGAUGGCUCAACAUUGUGCUCAGCAAUGAAGUGCUGAUCCAAGAUGAUGAGGUCGUUCUCUUUGUGGAGAGCGACUUUGGCUAUAGUCCAGUACUACGGAUGAAGCAACCUGCAACAGGAGUGCGACGCAAGAUGCUUAAGCAAUUCGCACCUCCGCCUGAUGAUACCCCUGAACUGCAAGCUGCUCGUCCAACUGCAAAGAUGCUCUACUUGGGAACAAUGGAUUCAAGCCACAAGGUUGAUAGAGUAGUCAAGGCCCGCCGUGGACUCGGUUUGGCAGAAGCUGAUUUCGGUGUGAAGCUUGGUCAAUUGCACGUGCAAGAAACCCAUCCUGGCUUAAGUGCGGCUUACCGCAAGCUCGGCAAAGUCAUUCAGACUGUUGGCGAUUACCACGCCGUUCAAGCCACGGCAGAGGCCACAACUCUUGGAGAACCACUAAGCUAUCACUCAUCCGACGCUUUCAUUGUGAAAGAAACCCUGACCAACCGACACAUCCUGCUCCGCGAUCUGCUACAGGCCCAGCAAAAUGCCCGAAGCAAGCGUGCUGCUGCUGACCGGUUGAAGGUCAGCUCAUCGGUCCGCCCAGACAAGGUUGAUGAAGCGAUCAAUGCCCUUGAGGAGGCGCAGAGCCACGAGGACCACUUGACCAAGCGAACUCAGCGUGUUACUUCGAACCUUCUCCAAGAGAAGCGCCGCUGGUUUGACCGGACUACCCAGGACCUUUUGUCUAGUCUAAGAGAGUACACUUUGCGCCAGAUCGAAGCAGAGCGACGUACCCUGGCAACCCUAGAGAGUGUCCGUCCGGACAUUCGUGCCAUCGAUGCCUCCGGGGGUCUAAGCCGACUGGGUCGCGAAUCUCACCCCACGGCUCGCCGAACAAACAUGGCUUCAAGCCAAGGCCCUAAGGGUGAUUCGUGGAGUGGUGUUCCUCGCCGCAACGACAACAUUGGGCGCAGCGGUAGCUUCACUGCACCUUCACUUGAGGAUGACGACGAGGCGAGUGGUCAAGGUUCCGGCAAGGGACGCAACCGGGCUCCUAGCCAGGUUGGAUCCAUCGCAGAGGAGGAUGAUGACCGUCUUGAUGCCCGAAACGCAGCCAGCCGGCUGGCCACCAGCACGUUUUAA